AUGGCGUCGCUGUCGUAUGCCUCGGGCGUUUUCGCCAUCGCUACAUGGCCCGCGAGGAUCGUAUGGAAGCCCGUGGCCUUUUUCGUCAAUGUGAUUCUCGUCUUGUUUUCGCCCAUCGUACUCAUGGCGUCAUAUGUCAUCGGAUGGGGCCAGGCUUUGCUCGAUUUCGUAGCUAGCCUCGAGCCCCUUUACACUUUUUUGGCGUGCGGCGCCUGUAUCGGUAUCGUGGCUGGUCUGACCUUGUCAUGUACGUCUGGUAUAAUAACCACAGUCUUCGGCAUGCAUGAGGACAGGUCGAAGUCACUGCCUCCGACGCCAAUGCCUUCGACGCCUUUGUCGGAACGGCCAGGAACAGGUAAGACCGAAGACUCUUCGUCCUACGAGACAGACUGGCACAUCCUCAAUAAGCCGCCCCCGAAGAGGCGGAGACGGACACCGGGACUCUGGUCGCAGACAAUUCACGAGGAGGACGAUGACGAUUCUGAGAUCUGA